AUGACCCAUUGUGUGCACCUGCUGCAGAACACUCGUCCUCACAGGGCACCCAUCAGAGUGGCUAAUGGACUUGUGGUCUAUUCAGAGCUUGUGGGGGAGAUAGUGCUUAGGCCACUGAUCCAUGGACAUGCCAGGAGCCGGUCUGUGAUCCUCUCCAAUGUGCUCUAUGUCCCUGCUCUGUCUCACAAUCUGAUCUCCACUACAUACCUGUCAGUUCACCAUGACUACACUGUGCUCAUGAAGGAGAACUACAUCCUGUUCAAGCGCAAUGGUGAAGUGUACUUUGUGGCAGAUAUCUCAGAGCAGGGUCAGGCAUUUGUGAGAGAGACUGUCAUGGAUAAAGAGCUGGUUACUGGUGUGAGGCUUGCCUCUGCUAGGAAACCAGACCCCAUCUGUGAGCCAUGUCUCUUUGGCAAGCUGAAUGCUGGCCUGUUUCCCUCAACUGGUCAUCGUUCUGGAGCGCCUCUUGAUCUCAUUCACUCUGAUCUAAAGAGCUACUCUGUGCCCACCCGCGAGGGCUGGAAGCACAGGGUGACUUUUGUUGAUGAUCACACUGGCUUCAAGGUAGCAUACCACAUGAAGAACAAGAGUGAGACAUUUGCAGCCCUUAAGAUGUUUCAAGCGUAUGCUGAGACUCACUGGGGGCUAAAGAUCAAGGCAUUCCAGGACGAUAAAGGGGGAGAGUACAUGUCUAAUGAGUUCAGAUCACAUCUGGACAAGUGUGGCAUUGUGCACCGCCAUUUAGUCAGGGCACGGCCUCAGCAGAAUGGGACAGCAGAGCGGUCUAACCGCACCGUUGAUGAGCACUCCACUGCCAUGUUACACGAAGCCAACCUGCCCCCUGCCUUCAGGGCACUGGCGGUGUCUGCAUACAUCCAUGUGUGCAACAUGCACCCCACAGCUCGAGACCCCACCAGGACUCCCCAUGAGCUGUGGUUCAAGGCAAAGCCUGAUGUGUCUCAUCUGCGUGUUUGGGGAUGCCUUGCCUAUGUGCAUGUGCAACGAGACAAGAGAGGUCCUUCUGGUCACCAUGUCCAGAAGUGUAUCUUUGUAGGCUAUCCUGCAGGGUACAAGGGAUGGUUGUUCUUCAACCCAGAGACCCGGAAACUUGUGAUUGCUGAGAGAGCAGUGUUUGAUGAGCGCUACUUCCCAGGCAGCACCCCUCAAGCUAUGAGGAGCUGUCCUGCGGCACCCCCCUCCUCCAUGCUGGUGGAUCCCCCUUGUGCUCCGGCACCGGUGUAUGUCCCUGAUGACGAUGGUGACGAUGAGCAGCAACAGCCGCCUGCUCGUCCUCUCCCUGCACCACGAGUUCCCUCUCCUGCAGCCAGCAGUGAUGAUGAAAUCGACUUCUUGUGUCAAGCUCCACCACCUCCAUCUCCACCACCAGCUGGGGAUGCCCCGCUUCACCCUCUACCCUCGCCUCCUCCUCCCCAAUCUCCAAUUGGGGUGGCAGCUCGUCGUGCUGCUGCUGGCAUCCAUCGUGUCCCUGCACCACCCAGAAGGGCUCCAGCUCCGGCUGCUGCUCCUCCCAGGCGCACCAUGGCAGAGAUCUUUGAAGAGAUCCCUGAAGACCUUAGUGACGAUGAGCUGCUUCUGAAGUCAUCCUCCGCCCUCAUCGUGGCUCGCGAGGGUGACCCCUCAGAUCCCAAGCUGGCAGCAGCUCACGCUACUGCAGUACUCAUCGUGGCUCGCGAGGGUGACCCCUCAGAUCCCAAGCUGGCAGCAGCUCACGCUACUGCAGUACAGUCCGUGUUGUCUGCUGUAGCCUCUGGGAACCCUCGGUCGUUCUUUGAAGCGUCCAAGCGGGAGGAUGGUCCACUAUGGCGCGCUGCAGCUGCAUCUGAGAUUGACUCUCUACUCAGCAACUGCACAUGGGAUGUGGUUGACUUGCCACAAGGGGUCAAGCCAAUCCGCUCUCAAUGGGUGUUUGUGAUCAAACACAAGUCUGAUGGCACUGUGGAACGCUACAAAGCCAGACUCGUGGCAGAUGGUCGUGGCCAGCGCUAUGGCAUUGACUACCACGAGGUGUUUGCACCCACCUUCCGACCUGCUACUCUGCGCGUUAUCCUUGCCCUUGCUGCCCAGAACAACCUCAAGUUGCGCUCUAUCGACUUCUCUUCUGCCUACCUCAAUGGGGACCUGGAUGAGGAUGUCUACAUGACUCAGCCAGAAGGGUUCCCCCAGGGAGAGAAGGGCCAGGUCCUGAAACUGAACCGGUCCAUCUAUGGGCUGAAGCAGGCUGGUCGCCAGUGGCGCAUCAAGCUGGUUGCCAAGCUGACUGCCAUGGGGUUCAAGUGCAUCAAGUCAGACAGCUCCUGCCACAUCUACUCUGAUGGUGUGGUGCGCGUGAUCCUGCCCAUCUAUGUUGAUGAUGGCACCAUUGCUGCAAAGCAUGAUGCUGACAUUGACAGGGUCAUUGCCCAGCUGGGUACGGCCUUCAAGGUGCGGGAUCUGGGUCCUACAGAGUGGCUUCUGGGGAUCAAGAUAGAGCGUGAUGCAGACACUGGAGACAUCAGUAUCUCCCAGCGCCAGUAUGCUGUGAACCUCCUGGAGCAGUAUGGCAUGGCUGACUGCAAGCCUGUGGAUACACCCAUGCUGCCUGGCCUGUCUCUGACCAAGGAGAUGGGAGCCAAGACUGAGGAGGAGUCCAAGCAGUUCAAGGGCAACUAUCUGUCUGCUGUUGGCUCUCUGAUGUACCUGGCCUGUCAGACUCGUCCUGACAUCUCCUAUGCUGUGGGGGUGCUAGCGCGCUUCAAUAGCAAUCCUGGUGAAGAGCACUGGAAGGCUGUCAAGCACCUGCUUCGAUACAUCCAGGGCACCCUUGACUUCCGCAUCACCUACUCCAAAUCCUCUCCCACCCUCUAUGACCCAGCCACCCACAUCCAUCCUGACAACCUCUUCACCACCUUCACUGAUGCUGAUCAUGCUCGAGACAAGGACUCCAUGAAAAGCACUGGGGGGUAUGUCAUUAUGAUGGCUGGUGGACCAGUGAGCUGGAGGAGCAAGCUGCAGUCCACCAUCUCUCUGUCCACUACGGAGGCAGAGUAUGUGGCUGGUGUGGAUGCUGGGAAGGAGAUCAAGUGGAUGCGGAAUCUGCUGCACGAGCUGGAGCAUGGUGUGUCUGGGGCUUCUCCCUUGAUGAUGGACAACCAGUCUGCCAUCUCUGUGUCCAAGAUGUUGAAGCAGGAAAUGCAGAGAGGACUGGAGUCAACAGUAAGAAGCUCUGGAUUGCAAGAGAAAACAAGAAAAGAAUCUACAGACCUGGAGUCAACAGUAAGAAGCUGA